AGAUUGCUGUGUAGGUCUCCUGCUGCUCACUCUGACUUCCUGAAACACUUUCUGCAAUUCGAAGCUGCAAAAGGAGAUCUGACUCCAAGUUAGUAUGAAGCUCCACCACCAGAUCCUGGACACUGUGCUUCUCCUGCUGAUGGCUGGCUGCGGUGUCGUGCUCCAGACCUCUGCCAUUGACCUGCGGACCUUCAUUGGCUGCGCUGUGCGUGAGUUCACUUUCCUGGCCAAGAAACCUGGGUGCAGGGGACUGCGGGUGACAACGGAUGCGUGCUGGGGACGCUGCGAGACCUGGGAGAAACCGGUGCUGGAACCACCUUACAUUGAGUCUUACCACCGUGUUUGCACCUACAAUGAGACAAAGAUGAUGACACUGAAGCUGCCCAAGUGUGCCCCUGGUGUGGAUCCCUUCUACACCUACCCUGUGGCCAUCCGCUGCGACUGCGACAUCUGCUCCACUGCCACCACCGAAUGUGAAACUGCCUGAGCUCUCCUUUCCCAUGUCAAGUGAGGAGAGGCCAGCUUCUUCCCUGGCUUCAUCUCCCUGGUACCUCCAGCAUUAGAGAGGGUGUAAUUAUGUCAGUCAAGGAUUUGAUCUUACCCUGUAAUGCUCUUAACGGUUGACUUUUCUGGGCAGAUGAGGCUUAACCCCACUCCUCAUGCGGUUCAAAGCGUUACUGCGGUAGAAAUGUAGUGCACAGCCUUAUAAUAGAAAAUCUUGU